UAAUCUACAUACAUCUAUCACCUCCUUACCUUUUUUUUUUCUUUUGAGGAAACUAUAUCGAACAAUUAUCUCUAAGACAUGAAAAUGCAAAAACUCGAAGAUCACCACUCCGACAGGGAGGUUAUUGAGAAUAUUGAUAAUAGUACUCAGUCAAACGCCUUCACAUGUAAUGAUGACACGUAUGUUGAAAUCACCCUCGAUGUCCGCGAGGACACCAUGGCAGUCCACAGUGUCAAAAAUGCCAGUGGGGCUAAUGUAGAGGAAGCAGAGCUACAGGUGCUGGUGCUGGCCAAAAAUAUAGAGAAGAAACAAUCUUUUGGGACCUCAGUCGUUAGGAAUAGUUCGAUAAGGAUGCAGCAGGUGGCUCAAGAGCUUAAGCCCUUGGCUGCUAUGAAGAAACAACAGCCACAUCCCUCUCGGCGAUUUGAUCGGACCAAUUCAGUAGCAGCUCAUCAUGCUCUCAAAGGCCUCAAAUUUAUCAGCAAAACUGAUGGCGGCGCUGGAUGGGCCGCCGUCGAGAAACGUUUCGAGGUGCUUAGCGCCACCUCAGAAGGCUUACUCCCUCGGGGAAAAUUUGGAGAAUGCAUAGGUAUGAAUAGGGAAUCGAAUGAAUUUGCAGUAGAGCUUUUUGAUGCGCUAGCUCGGAGGAGAAAUAUAACAAGUCAUUGCAUCAGCAAAGUACAGCUCAAAGAGUUUUGGGACCAAAUUGCCAACCAAUGUUUUGAUGCUCGGCUUCGAACCUUCUUUGACAUGGUUGAUAAAAAUGCAGAUGGUAGAAUCUCAGAAGAAGAAGUCAAAGAGAUUAUUAGCCUAAGCGCAUCUGCUAAUAAGCUGUCAAAUAUCCAGAAACAAGCAGAUGAAUACGCAGCAUUGAUCAUGGAAGAGUUGGACCCCGACAACAUGGGAUACAUCAUGAUUGAGAACUUGGAAAUGCUUUUAUUACAAGCUCCAAAUCAAUCAGAAGGAGGAAAAGGCCUGAACAGGAACCUAAGUCAUAUGCUAAGUUUGAAGCUUAAGCCAACAGUGGAGACUAAUCCCAUAAAAAGAUGGUAUAAGAAUUUGAACUACUUUUUGCUGGAUAAUUGGCAGAGAAUUUGGGUGGUUUUAUUGUGGAUUGGAGCAAUGGCUGGCUUAUUUGCUUAUAAGUAUGUACAAUACAGAAACAGAGCAGCAUUUGAUGUUAUGGGUCACUGUGUUUGUAUGGCAAAGGGAGCUGCUGAGAUACUUAAGCUCAAUAUGGCAUUGAUUUUACUACCAGUCUGCAGAAAUACCAUUACUUGGCUUCGAAACAAGACCAAAUUAGCUGCUGCUGUUCCCUUUGAUGAUAACCUUAACUUACACAAAACGAUGGCAGUGGCAAUUGCAAUUGGUGUUGGAAUGCACGUACUUGCUCACAUGACUUGUGAUUUUCCAAGGCUACUAAAGGCUAGCCCAGAAAAGUAUAAACCAAUGGAGCCAUACUUUGGUGAUCAGCCCACAAGCUAUUGGCAUUUUGUGAAGGGAAUUGAAGGGUUGAGUGGGAUUAUAAUGCUGGUUUUAAUGGCAAUAGCUUUCACUCUUGCAACUCCUUGGUUUAGGAGGAAUAGAAUUAAAUUACCAAAACCCUUCAACAAACUCACUGGAUUCAAUGCUUUCUGGUACUCCCACCACCUAUUUGUCAUUGUCUACACUCUCCUCAUUGUCCAUGGUAUCAAGCUUUACUUGACCAAAGAAUGGUACAAGAAAACGACAUGGAUGUACUUGGCUAUACCAAUCAUAUUAUAUUGUGGUGAAAGAUUACUUAGGGCAUUCAGGUCAAGCAUCAAGGAUGUUAAAAUUUUGAAAGUGGCUGUGUAUCCUGGAAAUGUGUUGGCACUUCAUAUGUCAAAACCACAGGGGUUCAAAUAUAAAAGUGGGCAGUACAUGUUUGUCAACUGUGCUGCAGUUUCACCAUUUGAAUGGCACCCAUUUUCUAUUACUUCAGCGCCGGGGGAUAACUAUGUCAGUAUCCAUAUUCGAACUCUUGGUGAUUGGACCAGCAAGCUCAGAGAUGUUUUCUCCGAGGUGUGCCAACCAUUGCCAACUGGGAAAAGUGGACACCUAGUAGCUGAGUGCUUGCAAGGAGAGAACAAAAAGAGUUUUCUACUGUGGGGCACCAGCACUGACGAAAGAGUUAAGACAGCUAGCCUUGGAUUUUUCCCGUAAGACAUCCACAAAGUUUGAUUUCCAUAAAGAAAAUUUUUGACCAAAGAUGGAUGAGCAGAGGAUCAAAGCAAACAGAUAGACUCAUUUUUUAAAGAAAUCCACAUCCACUACGUCUUGUGUGUAGAAAUCUUGCAGAUUUAGUUAAUAUUUCGGUUUUGUAUUGUCAUACGAAUAAUAGUUUUUUUGUAUAACGUAGGUCCACCUACCUCUGAGUUGGAUUACCAAUUCUACUAUUGGAUUAGUUCUGCAUUAUUAUCACUUAGCACUUAGCUUAGUUGAGUUCAAUUUUGUUAUUGUUUAUUCCCCUUUCAAAUGGAGGGGCUAUGAAAACACAGUAGUAUAGUUAUCGAUGGUGCAAUGGGAAGCAGACCGACCAAUCACAUUA